GAAGCUCAAACAGUAAAUGGAAGAAAAUGUGAUAAACGACGUUGUUUUGGACAAUAUAGCGUUCUUGUCAACGAAAGAAGAAAUACACACUAAACUAUGUCGAAAAAGUAGUGGUUGGAUGUUGUUUCAUGUCCACUCAAUGAAGUAUUUUGGGAAGAAGUUUUUCCUUGGACCAUGGAGGUGCUCGGAAGCAGCUACCCGCCUGGGAUUCAAUCUUCCUACACAAAGUGCUGAUCCUGAGGCCGACCUUAGCUGCCGCGUCUGACAGGCUGUCGGUCAUCUCCUGGAGAGCCUGGGCUGUGUCUCCAAGACGGGCCAAGUCUUCAGCGAAAUCCAGCAGCUCCUGAGACGCCCAGAGUGGGUCCUCUACCUUCACCUGGUCCUCCACCAGCUCCAGCUGUAAGCAAGGGAUAGAAACCAAGGAAUAAGGAAAACAUGGCCAUAGCUCAGGCGCCAGCCUCAACCCCAGCACCUGCAGCAGCACCUGCACCUGCACCUGCACCAGCUAACCCCGAAGUCGGAGUGAAUGGAGCGCCGCCUCCAGUUGUCAUCAACAACUAUUCCGAUGAGCAGCUCCGCACCAUCGUGAAGCGAAUGAGAGAGAGACUGGAGAUUUACAAGGAGAAAGUGACUGAUCAAAAUGCUUCGUCGCCAGAGAUCAGCCCGCCUGUCACACCGCUGUUGCAUAAAGACCACUACGCUCAAGUUCUCGAAGACAGGAAAAGGGAAGCAGAGGAAGAGCGGAUAAAAAAGGAGGAGGCUGAACAGAAGAAGAAAGAGGAGCAGGAGAAGAAAAAGAAGGAGAAUGAGCAGAAGAAGAAGGACGAGGAGGAGAAAAAGAAAUUGGAGGAAAAAGACGUGAAAGAGGAGAAGAAAGACCUGACAGUCGUCUUAAAGGAGAAAAUGUGGACUAUUGUGGAUGUCUUUUUAAAGCCCUUGGAGGACGGUAUGGAUUAUUUUCUGGGGACCACGAUGGAUCCUUUUACAGAUCGUCGCUACAUCGCCUGGCUGAGCUUAGUGACGCUCGCCUUCAACUACAACGCCUGGUUCAUCACUGUCCGCCUGUGUUUCCCCUACCACACCGAGAGCGCCAUCCCUUACUGGUUGGCUCUGGACACGCUGGCGGACCUGAUUUACCUAGCAGACAGCAUCCUCUUCCAGCCCCGCAAACAGUUUGUCAAAGCGGGAGACAUCAUUAAAGACAGAGCAAUGACAAAGAAGAACUACAGAGAAACCGAGAGAUUUAUGGUUGAUGUCCUGUCAGUCUUACCCUUCGACUUCCUCUACUUCCAAUUUGGGUUCAAAUCCAUUUUCAGAGCCAACCGCUUGCUGAAGGGCGCAACAUUUUUUGAGUUCAGCGACCGCUUGGAAAGUCUCAUGGCCAAGGCCUACAUCUGGAGAGUGAUUCGCACCAUCGGCUACCUCCUCUUCAUGCUCCACAUCAACGCUGGUUUAUACUACGUGGCUUCAGACUACCAGGGCAUCGGUAAAACCAAGUGGGUCUACUCCGGCCUGGGAAGUGCAUACCUGCGUUGUUACUACUUCGCUGUCCGCAGUCUGAUCAACAUCGGGGGUCUUAAUGAACCCCACACCGUCUUUGAGAUAACGUUUCAGAUGACCAACUUUUUCACGGGCGUCUUUGUGUUCUCCAGUUUGAUCGGACAGAUGAGAGAUGUCAUUGGUGCGGCCACAGCAGGACAGACGUACUUCCGCUCCUCCAUGGACGAGACUGUGUCCUACAUGGUGAACAACCGCAUCCCCUCCCUGGUCCAGAACAGAGUCCGCACCUGGUACACCUACACCUGGGACGCUCAGGGCAUGCUGGAUGAGUCGGAGCUGCUCGAUAAGAUGCCUUUGGUGAUGAAAACCGCCAUCGCUAUAGACAUCAACUUGACCACUUUUCAAAAGAUUGAUCUUUUCAAGGGUUGUGACCAGCAGAUGUUGGUAGAUAUGCUACUCAGACUCAAGUCUAUCGUCUAUCUGCCAGGAGAUUUUGUUGUAAAGAAGGGUGACAUCGGCAAGGAGAUGUACGUCAUCAAGAGUGGAGCAGUGCAGGUGGUGGGAGGACCUGACAACAGUAUUGUGUUUGUCACACUGAAGGCCGGGUGUGUGUUUGGAGAAAUCAGCCUUCUGCAGUCAUCCAAAGACGGGGGAAACAGGCGGACAGCAAAUGUCAAAGCCUUCGGUUUCGCUAACCUUUUUGUCCUGGAGAAGAAAGACUUGUUUGACAUUCUCGUCCACUACCCGGAGUCUCAGAAAGUGCUGGCCCGAAAGGGAAGGAAGUUAAUGAAGGCAAAGGGUCCGGCAGCUGCUAAAGCGGAAGAAGAAAAGAAGAAAGGACUCACCCUUUUUGGACCCAAACCACCCACACCCAAACUACUGCGAGCCUUUGGUGGAGGGUUUAACAGAAAAACAUUGGAAAAACUAAAGGCUUGUGCGGGCGGCCAGUGACGACGCUUGUCUAUUUAUUUAACAACUCCAUUUUGGGAGUGACUGAGACUGUCAUUUUCAGCCUUUUAUAUUCAUACAGCAGGGGUGCUCAUUACGUCGAUCGCGAUCUACCGGUCGAUCUCGGAGGGUGUGUCAGUCGAUCACCAGCCAGGCAUUAAAAAAAUAGUCCUAAAAAUGAGCGAUCAUAAAUCUUCACUAUGACGUCACUUUCGUCACUUGAUUGACAUUCACGGCACCCGAGGGUCUUCUGAGAUGACGCUGGCUACUGCCAGCUCAUUAAAAUUACCGACUUGAAGGCGAGAAACACUUUAUUUCAACAGACUCUGGCGCCGUACCUGUCGUCAAAACUCCAAAGACCGACUGCACAGUUGCACAAUAAAAGCUCUGCUUCAUUCUGCCUGCGCUACCAA